AUGCAGUCGAGCGACCGUUUUGACGUGAACAAGACACUCGACGAGAUAACUGCCGGGAACAGGGCUUUGAAGCGUCAACGCUCGGGCGGCCGUAGCAGUCGUGGUGGCAUCGAGGGCCGUUGGGAGCACGACAUGUACCACAGUCCUGGAACGAGUGCUUCUUCUUCGAAAACACAGACGACGAUGUCUAGAAAAUCGAGCGAAAGCAGCGAAGGAGACCCAAGCGCCCGUGCCGUCACAGUGUCAAUUUUAAAGGAUACUGGCACAAAGGUCCAAUUGAUGCUCAAAGCCCAAGGAUUGAAACGGCGCAAGAGCUUUUUUGGCGACAUCAUCAAGAUAUUCAAGAAGCCGUCGUCUCCCUCUCGUUUGUUGAGCAAUGGAAAAUUCACCAAAUUUGAUCUGAAGGACUAUGGCCUCAACUUCGUUCUCGAGGUGGAAACUAUGAAGCGAAAGAAGAAGGGGAACGCGAACCGCACGGAAACUUUUGUAUGUGAAGUCAAGCAAUUCCCCACGCAGAUCAACCCAGAUAGCGCCGAAUUCGAGAUAUUGGAACCGGCUUCUGGAGAAUGCUUCAUUUUGAUGACGUUGAUCAAAACGAGCGACUUGAAUGUUAGCUGGAAGGAAUUCCUCGAUAGCAAUGCUAUCGUCCUUUUGGGCGAACCGUUGCACUGGGAAUCGGCGUUACAAUUCCUAUUGGAUGUGCUGAUCACGGACGGUGAUCCAGCCGGCCUCAAAUACAAGCGUGGCAACGUCACCCAUUCGAAUCUUCCGCUUCUUGCGUGUAACGUCGACAUGGUGUGGAUGGCCGAGAAGGGCGUCAAUUUGCCAAGAAUUGGUCACGGCAGCUUUUUGACGUGCCUGGAGGCGAUGUACUCAAGAUUAAUGGGGAGGGACUUGAAAUAUACGGCAGUCCUCGGCAAGCCAGCAGAAGUUUCCUACCUGCACGCCACGCAUUGCCUUCAAGAUAUGGCUUUUGACAUGAAGCGCCCGGCACCGAAGACCAUCUACGUUAUUGGUGACAACCCGCUGUCGGACAUCCUCGGCGCCAACCUGUACAACCGCUACCUUCAGCACGGCGGCCGAGCACGAUUCGACCACAUCGAGCUCGCCAAGCUGGAGGAGCAGUCGCCGGACGACAAGCCCGUCGAGCAUCGCGUCCGCGAGAAUAUCGAGCGGUGUCUGAGCGUGCUAGUUGAAACCGGCGUCUACCUGGAGGGCUGCAAGAUCAACGGAACCGUCCUGCCAAUCAGCAAGCUCGUCCAAGAAUUGACCGAUCAGGAGCGAACCGAGCUCGAGAUGCCCGGCUUCGUCGAGCCCGAUCUCUUCGCCGCCGUCGAGAUGAUCCUCCAGCGCGAGCAGCUUGCCCUGCUCGUGAACACGUGCGGCAGCAUCUGCACGCUCGGCGGCGGCGACAUCCUGCAGCAGUUGAUGCACAAGGAGUGGGUGCCCGGCGACCCGACGAAGCCGUGGGACCGGAUGCGCACGGCGCGCAUGGCAUCGAUUGGGCUGCUGCAGGGGCCGAUGCUCUACUAUCUGUACCGCUGGAUGGACUUUAACGUGAAAUAUCGAGGUGGUCGCCUUUCGAUCGUGCUGCAGAAGGUGUUCCUCGACACGGCCACCGCGCCCAUGUUUUCCGGGACGACGAUCAUUGGGACAGCCCUGCUGGAGGGGAAAACGCUACGCUCGGCGGUGAAGGAGUACUGCACCAAGUACCCGCAAAUCUUCAUCCUCGACCUGUGCACCUGGCCCCCGUUCCAGUUCAUCAACUUUUGGUUCUUGCCGAACCAGUGGCGUGUGCUGUACACGAACGUCAUCCAGUUAUGCUACAACACGGUCAUGUCGUACAUCAAGCACCACGACGAGAAGCUCUUCAAAUUUAUC